AUGGUAGUGUUUGUCGACUUGGACGAUGAUGCUUUCAGCAACCAGCAUCAUCUCCCCGGAGGUCCAGAGGAUGCCUUGCUCCAGAGCUUCAUCACCAGGCCUGAAAAGGCAUCAUUAAUGCCAUCUUCGAAGCGGAUGAGCGACUCUACUACAGAUGAAAGCUCUGUCGAUUCAUCCGAUCAUCUUUCGACAGAUCGAUAUUCCAACCAGACUACCUUCUCAGCUGCUUUGAGCUGCUAUCCAAUUAUCAAGGAGCUAGCCCGAUGCGUGGAUCUGAAUACACUACACGCGCUCUCGCAGACCUGUCGCCAAUUCUAUACGAACCUAACGCCGUACCGACAACAACUCACUAAGCGGACCCUGCGUUGCGAGAAUGAAUACAUCGAGACCUUGUCGGAUAUGUUAAAUAGCGGCGCUGCUAUUCCGGAAAGUGUCAAAUCCGUUAUCCAACUCCUUAGCCAGGGUACCGGACAAUCUGGGAGAAUGACUCGGGGGAAGGUUAGCAAAUGCGCAAGAGAUAUGGUGGGCGAGUGUCGGAGGUGCUCAAAAGUUAUCUGCAGAAAUUGCACAAUCAAAACCCCGACCAACGCCAUGCUUAAGAACCGCAUUCGUCGACUAUGCAUCACUUGUCGCACUGUUCCGAUUUCCCAACACAUGGCAUACUCCGCAUCACAAGACAUGCAAACAGUUUCACCAUUUGACCCCUCGAGCUUCACUGCACCCGCAUUCUUGCGUACACCGUGCUCAUGUGAGGACGCCGUCUGGCUAUGCUACCAAUGUGGACAUACCAUCCGCAGAGAAGAUACCACAUAUCGUCGGGUAUGGGCCUGGCGUACGCGGUAUAGUACCCAUCUGGGUGGAUUGGGAACGGGACUUGGUGAAGGUUGUCAGGGUGUCAAAUGCGGUCGAGGGGAGAGUUGCCUGGCGGCCCAAGAGAUUGAACUGGAACUCGUAAGUGAAGCGGAUGACGAUCCUGAUGGUCUACAUAACCACGGGCUUCUACAACAUACCGGUGAGAACACCAUAUCGACUCUAGACGACGAAGAGCCGGGUUACUUCCGCCAGGAGAUUGUUGGAAUCGGAGGGAGGUUCAAGCAGAAGGUCAAGAGGAGGGUUAUGGUGGGGGCUUGUGUUCCUGAGUAUGAGGAUGAACGUGAUACUGGACGAUAUCUGAUUCGAGAAGAGGAGGGGAAGCAUCGGGGAUGGUGUGGAUGGUGCUGGAGGGUAAUUCCAGCUAAGAACGAGACUAUGAAUGACUAUAACCCAUGA